AUGGGGAAAGGGUUUGCGCUCGCUGAGGCGUGCAGAAAUUUGCUGGCGUUCAUGCAACUCCUGAAGGCAUCGCCCACCAUCGUCUAUAGGGAGACGGGGUCCAUGCUGCUGGACCUGCGCAAGCAGCACAACCAUUACAUGGCAGAAGCAGACGCGGGCUCGUGGACAUGGCUUGCCCUACCAUUCGUCGAGCUUCCCAGGUGGCCUGGGCCAGCGUUGCCCGCGGUGACGUUCUGGCUCAAGCACGCGUGCAUCGGCAGGCAGAGCGUUGGCCGAGUGCUGGCGCCGCGUCGGGGCCGCCCUUACCCAUUGGCCAUGAAGCGGCCAGCCGCUGCCAUGAAGAGGCCUGGCGCCGCGUCCACCGCGGUUGGCGUCCCAUGUUCGUUCGAGGCGAUGGCGGCGCAAGCUGGUCUCUCCGACAGCGCAUCGCAGGGAGAGAUCAUCAGGGUGGCUGAGGCGCUGACACGGGAGUUCUGGUCGUGCCCUCGCUAUAUGGGCGCAGCGGGGAUGUUCAGCGGAAGCGGCAGGCUCGCGCGCUGGAUGAGACGGGCUGGCCUCCAGUGCCCAGAGUUCGACAAGUACGGAAGGGGCGAGUCGGAGGGCGUCUGCACCCUCGCUGGCAUGGCCUUUGCGUGUCGGAUAGUGCUGAGCAUCAAGCCGAAGUGGACGCUCGUGAUUGCCCCUCCGUCCCGUGAGUGGGCAGGCGACACGCUGCGCAUCAACGGGAGGGACGACCUCGUCAAUGGCAAGAUAUCGGCCGAAGGCAUGGAGGCGAACGACCUGGCGCUCGCAGUCGCGCACUUCAUCGCCAUGUGCGUCGUGAGGGAUGUGUUCUUCAUGGUCGUGAUGCCGUUCGACUGCCAGUCGUUCUUCGAGUACCCAGCGGUCAACAGCGCCCUGCGUCUGGGCCGCGCCGCCAUCACCACGACCUACCAGGGCAAUUGGCAGAGGAUCUCUACGAACAAGAGGACGCUGGUGAGCUCGAACAUCGCCGAGGACAAGAUGGCCAGGCUUCUGUGCGAGUGCCCCCUUCCAGACUCGACCCACAUCGACGAGGUCAGUUCGUGCGGGAGGGGCGUCGUCAAGUGGAGCGACGGCACCUACGAGCUCAACGAGUGGACGUUCUUCUACGACGGCUUCGCGAAGGAGCUCGUGGCGGUGGUCGCGGCAGCCGCCGAGUUGCCGCAUCCAGUGUUCGAGGCAGUGUUGGUCAAUGACUCGGAGUCGGACUAG